AAUUUCUCUUCAAUUUUCCCUCUCUCUCUCACACACACAUACUGACAAAAUUAGCAUAGAGAGAGGGAUAUGUGUUGUGCCAACAACAUGUAUUCUUUUAUGUCACAUAUGUAGGAAUAGACUUGUUUUGUGAUGGAAACAUGGUUUUAGUGAUUUCGGCCAGGAUGUCAAGGAUUUGGAGUUUUUUUAGGUGGUUGUGAUUUCAGCCAUAAUAGCCACGUUUAUUCACAAUUUUCUGCACUAGGAAAGACUGCAAACUUGACCGCGACCGCAAUCUAAAUGCUUGAUGGAGAAUUCUGGGUGGAAGCCUAGUAAUGUGGAGAUAUCACCAAAUUGUCCAAGGUGUGGUUCUUCCAACACCAAAUUCUGCUACUACAACAACUACAGCUUAACUCAACCAAGGUAUUUUUGCAAGGGCUGCAGAAGGUACUGGACUAGAGGUGGGUCCCUCCGAAACGUUCCGGUUGGCGGUGGAUGCAGGAAGAACAGAAGAGGGAACAAGAACUUCAGACAAUCCAUUGAUGGUCUUACUUUCAGAAAUUCACCUACAGAUCAUCAUAACCCAAUUGGCCAGUGUUAUGAACCUAGGAAAAAUGUUAAUUCACCUUCUAGCUCUUCAGGUGUGACUGAGGGAUCAGACAUUGAUCUUGCACAAGUUUAUGCAAAUUUUCUCCAUCAGAAGCCAGAUUCAGGAGCAGGGAUUGAGAAUAAUAUUCCGGAUCAUCAAUUGCAAACAGUUUUUGAUCCUUCUCUUGAAAAUUCAAGUUCUUUGCCUGAAGAACUUUGUCUUACUGGGUGUUUGAAUCUUCCUGAACAACAUUCCACAAAGUCCAACGUGGGUGAGGGUGAUAAUAACCAAAUGUACUAUAGCGAGUUCAACUCUAUGCAAAGGCUUCAAAAAGAGACUAUGAGUGAUGUUGAGCUUCCACCUUUGCCAGGUGAAGAAGCUGAAGCCUCACAUGAUGUGAUGUGGUCAAAUUCUGAAGAGAUGAUGAUGAACCAUGAUGCAUUUCAAAUCACACAAGAGCCACCACUUCUUGGACCUCAAGUUCAUGAUGAUGCUGACUUGUUAAUGGGUAAUUGGUGCCCCUUUGAUUUGCCUUGAGAUAAGAUUUAUUUGAUUGUUGCAUUUUUUUGCUUGUUAACUAUUGUAGUUAUAUAUAUACUACAGUAUAGAAUACAUAUCGUUGAUGACAAAUAAUUCGAGGUUGUAAACAAACAGUCUUUG